AUGCCAUGGAAACGAAGCCAGGAAACGUCAUCAACAUCAUCUGAUCUCUUCUCCACUUUCGAAGUGUCUUCGGACCUUCACUACGCGCUUCGUCUUCCAGACCCGCCCGUGAACAACCCACCGCCGCCAACCACGGCUUCUCAACAACAAUCAUGGCCCUCACCACUAGCAAGAUCACGGCAUACGCCACAACCCGACUUCAGCGACUUUCCACUGUUCCUCAGCUCAGCAACUCUGUCUCCCGCCCCGACAGCUGCUGUUCCGCUUCGAGCCUCCUCGCUCGAUCUGACGCCGAAAUCUUCGUUUAGCUCCGCCGACUCUGCGGCGUUCUUCACGAACGACAAGACCUUUUCAGCCCCAUCCGUCAACGGAACACACUCUACUCGGCCAACUCGUCCGCCCGUUCCUCUCUUCCAUUCCACAUCGACCGGUGCAUCAGGAAUAUCACCCGUCAUUCCACACCCUCAGCACGUGACAGGUUUCCCAGACUUCACCAUGGGAGGCGCCGGUAAUUCUUCACCCUUCACUUCGACUAUUUCCUCAUCUCUAACAUUAUUAAAUUCAGACGUAAACGUCGCCUUUGACGGUACCUUCGGUGACCUCGCAAUGGACAACGACGUCAGCAUCUUUACCAACGGAAGCUUUGACUUCGAACUCAUGUCAUCAGUCAACGUUGACACGAACUUCGCUGCCUUCACUGGUGCGCCCGCUGUCAGCGGCGCCACCAUUUCUCCGAAGGAUCUAUUUCAGGAUUCGAUGCCUCCAUCUACAACCUUCACGAAUCUGAGCACCCCUGGAUCGACUUUCCUCGAGACUCCGGCAGACGAGUACCAGACUUCGCCCCUUUUCACUGACUCUUUGGAAUCUCUUAACUACCCCUCGCUUUUCCCAGAGGAGAACAUCGAACAUGCACCUAUCAAAAUGGAGCGUGUACCCUCGAAUCAGAUCGUUGUUCACCCUGGUGGCGAGUCCACCCACAAGCGCAGCUCAUUGCCCUCUUCAUCUCCCAUGAUCAGCACGCCCAUCCGACACUCCACCGUCGCUGGUGUCCAGUCUCGCAAGCGUGACAAGCCUUUGCCUCCGAUCAUGGUUGACCAGUGUGACCCCAUUGCACUGAAGCGUGCGCGAAACACCGCAGCUGCACGAAAGUCACGAGCGAAGAAGGUGGAGGAGCGUGACACUCUUGAGGAGACCAUCGCUGCGCUCCAGGCUCGUGUUGCUGAGCUUGAGGAUGAACGCGACCAGUGGAAGACCCGCGCCCUGGCCGGCUCUACUGUGUAAAGCUUUCUAUUGCUUUUUCUACACUCUCGUCGCCGAGUAUCUGCUUUCUAUGCUUGCCUGCUCCACAGAUCAUUAUGCUAGUGGUGAGAAUUGCCCCACACGUUUGUUAUCAUUACAUUCGUUCACCAGUCUUGACCUCUUCGCUUCGCGGCGAAUGAUGGGCGACUGUUCGAACGAGUUUUUCUCUUGUGCUUCUUGCGCUAUGCGAAUCCAGAAUGUACGAGGCCAUUGUGCCGAUUUGUUUUGAUUUUGGUCCUGACGUCUCCUGCCCGCCUGGCGAUGCGGUUGAUUGACUCGGAAGAGGGUUUUCAUGUUUUGGUAUUGCUC